UCAGCAUGAACAGCUCUGUUCUGGCCUCUCCAUGUUCUACCCGAGGAUCACCAGAUCCCCACGGUUAUUCCAGCAAGCAGGGGAAAUCAAAGAGGACUUCCAGAGAUGGCGAUACCUUUACAUUCUGCCCACAUCUCUCUCUGUGGCAGCAAAUCUUCAGUGUGAAAUCAACAAUUCCAGGAGAGCAGAAGGCAGCAGGCUCUGCGUGUUUCCCGUAAUUGGCAAAACCUCUCUCGGGUAACAGAACAGCUGCCAGUGGCUGGUUUCCUCAGACACAAACGUGUCACAGAGAAGGUGUUGACUCAGAGGAGGGACCAGGCAGGGAACGAGUUGGGCAGUAGAGCUGUCCCCUCGUGGAGCCAUGCAGAGGAUCUGCUCCCUCAUCCACCUCACCCUCUACUGGGCAGGAGUCAUGUCAGCUGUCGUGUUGGUGCCUCAAGAUCAAGUAAGGACAGUGUUUGUAGGGGAAUCUGUCACCCUCACGUGCUCCAUGAAAGGAGAAUCCAUCAGUAACUACUAUACCUUCUGGUACAGGAAGACCCCAGGUGACCACAUUCUAUGGACUGAUCAGUGUGUCUUCCCAACCAUAAGAGGAGGGCAUGCAAAUUGGAUGAAGCAUUUCUCUUGCUGGUCCCCAAGAUGCUGCUGCUCCAGCAGCCCCAGGAGAGACUCUGCCGCCACAUCUACACUUGCAGAUCGACGUGCCUCCCAAAAACUGUCCCAAGAGACAGGGAAGCUGAAAUAAAAUGUGUUUACCUCAGUGAUGUUCUUGGUUUUUUCUCGUCUCCAGGAAGCCAGCCACAGAGAACCUGAGGAAUUUGGAGUAACUGUGGAGAAAGCUGGAGGGUUUUCACAUUUCCUCGCAACAUUUUGGGGAUUUCCCCUCCAGGACUU